CAGAAAUUAUUGAAGUCGGUUUGUUGUUCAACUGUUUGGGGUUUCGUAGGAAAAAAUCUGUAUUAUACCUCCAACCUGGGUCUCCACGGAGACCUCUGUAUGUAAAAGCAUUUAUAGGACAAACGAUCUUUGUAAAGAAAGUGGAUCCAUCGUGCUAGAGUUGAAAGAAGACACCGAAAAGUUGGACACAAGACGGCGAAUGCCAACCUUCGGCCAUGUUUCCGAAAUAUUCCAGUUUUCUGCAAUGUAGUUAAAAAUAACAGAACAAAUCGUGCAUCUACCGACAACAAUCCCUACUGCAAGCCUUGAACUAUUGGACCUUGGAAGUUUGAAAAACCGUUUCGAGAGAUUUCAUCAACAUAGCUCAGCUGUCCAAUACAGCAUCCUCUCCACAGGAAACUGUGGACCAGGACAGCGACAACGACUUUGUCAUGGUAGAUGCGCCAGGUGCAACACCAGCCAGUCAAUUUUCUCAAUUGAAGGUCACUGUAUCAAGGGCAAAAUUGAAAGAGCAAAAUGGAUGGUUCACUAAGGGUGAUCCAUACGUCAAGCUUAUCGUGGACUCUAAAAACCCUCCAAAGAAGACAGAAGCAGUCAGAAAGACCUGGGAACCAGUCUGGGAUGAACACUUUACUAUACUUGUCAUGCCAUACAGUACUCUAGAAUUUGAAAUCAAUAAUAGAUUUGCAUUGAAGAGUGAUGUUCCACUUGGUAGUGGUAAAGUUGACCUGAAUGACAUCUUACACAAACACAGUGGAAAAUUAAAUAAUUGUAAUGUACAAGUCCCCAUAAACCUCACCAAGAAUGGAACCAAAGUGCAAACAGGAGACCUUCAUGUCAUCUUGGAUGGGUUAUCAGUMAACAUACGRCAUUUUCCGAARCGACGGGGCAAUGCUGCCAAUGGAUCCAUUAUUGAUCGUCAGUCCUCCAGUGUAAAUAAUGGUGAUGUACCAAGACGAGAUAACAGAUCAAGUAAUGACCAGAGRCAACGUCCAGUAAGUACUGGUGCUCUGUCUGGACCUSCUGGUCCUCAAUCCACCUCAAGUAGCAACUCCAGGAAUAGUCUUUCUCUAGCAACAACAGCUGGAGUUGGAGCUGGMGCAUCAACACCUUCAAAUACCAAUGCAACUUUACCACCACCAAGUCGACCCCCACCACCACAACGAGCACAAACAGGACCAGAAGAACCCCUCCCCCAAGGCUGGGAGUCUAGAGUGGAUCCUCAUGGUAGAAUUUACUAUGUUGAUCAUAAUACUAGGACUACUGCUUGGGAAAGACCACAGCCUCUUCCAGUGGGAUGGGAAAGAAGAACAGACUCAAGAGGAAGAACCUACUACGUUGACCACAACACUAGAACAACAACAUGGCAGAGGCCAACAGUUGAAUCAAUCAGGAAUUAUGAACACUGGCAAGCACAGAACAGAAACAUGUUGAACACAGAACGGCAGCACUUUCAACAACGCUUCCUCCUACAACCUGCUAAUAUGAUGCCACAGGAAACAGAUCAACUUGGACCAUUGCCGCCAGGAUGGGAAAAAAGAGUUGAGGCCAAUGGCAGAGUUUACUUUGUCAAUCACAACACUCGAACAACUCACUGGGAGGAUCCAAGAACUCAAGGAACUGUUGCUGCUGACAAGCCYUUACCGGAGGGAUGGGAGAUGAGAUAUACCAAUGAAGGCAUACCAUACUUUGUUGAUCAUAACUCCAGGACAACAUCCUUCCAUGACCCAAGAAUAUCACCAAAUGCCACAGCAAGCGGCCCAGCUUAUGAACGYAGCUUUAGAUGGAAGGUCGGGCAGUUUAGGCAUCUCUGUCAGGCCAAUGCUCUGCCAAGUCAUGUUAAAAUCACAGUCAACAGAAACAAUUUGUUUGAGGAUUCAUUUCAGCAAGUUAUGCGCUAUCAGGCACAYGACUURCGGCGCCGACUGUAUAUUAUAUUUAAAGGGGAGGAAGGUCUUGAUUAUGGUGGUGUUGCAAGGGAAUGGUUCUUUUUACUUUCUCAUGAGGUUCUUAAUCCCAUGUACUGUCUAUUUGAAUAUGCCAACAAGAAUAAUUAUAGUUUACAAAUCAAUGCAGCAUCUUCAGUCAAUCCCGAUCAUCUCAUGUAUUUCCGUUUUAUUGGUCGUUUAAUAGCAAUGGCUCUUUAUCAAGGGAAAUUCAUCGAUAGAGGCUUCACUCUACCUUUUUAUAARAGAAUGCUGAACAAGAAGUUGUCCAUGAAAGAUCUUGAAUCUAUAGAUCCUGAAUUCUACAACUCACUUGUUUGGGUCAAGGAGAAUAACAUAGAAGAGUGUGGUUUGGAAAUGUUUUUUACAGUUGAUAUGGAAUUAUUGGGUAAAGUUACCUCUCAUGAUCUCAAACCUAAUGGUGGUGAUAUCCAGGUCACAGAGGAAAACAAGGAGGAGUACAUAUCAUUAAUGACAGAAUGGCGUCUUAAUCGAGGUAUUGAGGAACAGACCAAGGCCUUUUUAGAAGGUUUCAAUGAGGUUGUACCUCUUUACUGGAUACAGUACUUUGAUGAAAAAGAGAUGGAGUUAAUGCUGUGUGGAAUGCAAGAAAUUGACAUUGAUGACUGGCAGCAAAACACAGUUUAUAGACACUACACAAGAAACAGCAAACAAGUUAUGUGGUUUUGGCAGGCMCUGAAAGCUUUUGACAAUGAGAAGAGGACCAGGUUACUUCAAUUUGUAACRGGAACCUGUAGACUGCCAGUUGGUGGGUUUGCUGAGCUAAUGGGGAGUAAUGGGCCUCAGAAGUUUUGUAUUGAAAGGGUUGGUAAAGARACAUGGUUACCAAGGAGCCACACAUGCUUUAAUCGUCUUGACCUUCCACCUUACAAGAGUUAUGAACAAUUGGUUGAGAAGCUGACAUUUGCCAUUGAAGAAACAGAAGGAUUUGCACAAGAAUAACAUCUAUAACACAACAAGAAUGAACAAAAAAUAACCAUAAGUACAGAUAUAUUAACAAGAAACUACCUCACACAUUAGACUGCAGUACUUUGGGAACCUUCUUCAUUGAACAAUGCUGCUUUGUUUCUCUCCGAAGUUGUUUUUGUUGUAUUGAAAACCCUAGCAUUCAACCCAUAUGUUUUAAAACUAUGUAGUCUCGCAAAAAGACUCCAGUUUGUAGUUGUUGUUUUGUACUUUGUCAAAUCUGAAGCAUUCACUGCAAAUAGUCAAAUUGCAGCUUAUUUUGAAAGGUUCCAAAAUUGUCUUGUUUCUUUUUUCUCAAUAUAGAGCUGGUCUCAUGUCAUAUGUAUCAGGGAGARAGAAAGCUUUAUUUCAAUCAAGAAUGGUUCCAAAUAACUUAUUCCAUAUCAUGUCCCAAACAAGACUUCUUUGUGCAAGCUUGAUAUCAGGGACGUUUUGUUCAUCAUUCCCAAACUCUUCAGGAAAGAGCUCUAGGGAUUCACCUUUUGCAAGAGGAUUUGCACCAUCUUGUGAGAGAAGCAAGGUGGAUGGYUCAGCCAAUGAUUUUUUUAGAGAAAYCAGAGGAUUUCUUUAGUUGAAUUAUUUGGUUGUCCAUGUCAUCAAAAGUGGCUGCCACAACAUGAUGGUGCAAUACCUUAACUAAAUUGAAUCAUUGUGAUGUACAAAGAACUUAUUUGUCUGGGUAUCUGAAUGAAUAUGUAUACUAUAUUGUGCACAAAUGGAGUUUUAAUGUUUUGUUUGGUUGUGGUAAACUCUUGAAAAACAAGUCCCAACUCUCRUAAACUAAUACACUCAAAGCUUCAUAUUUUUUUAUACAUYCCCUCAUAUUUUUUAUACAUCUCCAUGACUUGGUUUGCAUUUAAUUUUGUUCAAAAAUUGUAUUAUUUGAAUAUGUUUCUGAAUUAUCAAAAAUUGGACUGAAUUUCAGUUGUUCUAAAUUGAAUAGCUACUCCUUGUAAAAAAACAUUUUGUAUUGUUGUGAGGAGCAUAAAGCUAGACAAGAACAUUUCUAUUUCACUUGGUCUAUCAUUUUUCAAUCCACUGUGUCAGCUCAUUUGAUGUUAAAACUUCAGUGUGCAUGUUCAUUCAGUACUACAGUUCAAUGAUUAAAACCGCAAGUGAGUAAAGUCCUUUAAAGUAAAAUUGUUCAUUAACCAAUGAGAAAACACGAUCUUGCUAAUAAUGACCCAAUUAGUGAGAGCACUGGUGGUGCCAGUUCAAUUCCCAUUACAUGUGGUUUAAUUUAGCUUGAGUUUGCUCAUUUCUUCCUUGCUUCAAGUGUUUUUGGCCAGAUUCUUAAGGUUUUUCUUCCCUCAGUAAAAAAUAAACCAUUUUUGAUUGAARCAGUGAUCCAUAAUCAGGUAUGGGUAGGUUAGUGGCUGCUUUAUGUAGGCGUGUGUUUUUGCUGUACUAUCGYACAUGUACUCUUUGCUAUACAAGCAGCUUCAUAUACCUCCAACUUGAUUGCGUUAAGCUACACCCUUCAUAAUUCCCCACUUGAGCUGCAAGAGAGCACAAUGAGCUAUUCCAAUAUAUAACAACACUUAUAAAACUAGAUCAGGGRUUUCAAAUUGAUUAAUGCAACAAUAGUGAAACACUUCAGUCCAUAUUUCCAUUUGCACCUUAUGUCAUGACAUAGUAAAGGUUAUAAUGGCAGCAUAAGAUUCUUUACAUAAGCUGCGAAGACAUCAUCUUACAAGUUUUGUUAAUUGGAUUGUGUUUUUCAGUCUUUGUAUAAAAAAGCCAUGUAUUCAAAAAAUGUAUCAUACACGCUAGAGCAUGCACGCACAACCAGAAAAAAAGUAGGUGUGUWUCCAASUGUCACAAGAAUUUAUCACUAUUUUUAAUCAACAUAGACAAUGUUGGGAUAUAAACAUAGAGGCAUGCAUGGCCUAUUUUUAGGUUUUUCUGAACUGGUGUUAGAUYAUGACUUAAUACAAUUCAAAUAGAUCUCAUCAAUUGUCAAAUUAAUGGCUUAAAGAGGUUUUUUUUGAUUGUAACUGAGCGAAUUGUACAGGCAGGUAAAAUUUUUCUUUGAUUGUUGAAAAUUGUGGCCAGGCAUCUCUAAAAAUCACAAGAAGUCAUAAUUAUUUCAAUACAUGGAUGUUUAUAUACACCAAAAGGUUUAGCCAGAAAAGCUGAUCUUAUAUCUCUUGACCAAUUAUUAUUUUAAGACUUAAAGCAGCCUUAGAAUGUGUGUAUUUAAUAGUGCAGUAUUCCUGUAGGGAAAGUCAGUGCUUUGUGUCUAUGUGGUGUGCACUUAUUGUGUAUCAUACAAAUACUGCAAGUCAAAUGGAUUUUUAUAUGCGAGUGUUCAAAUACAAGCACUGAUUUUUUUACUGAAAUACAUUUAUAUACACAUCCAGUGUUUGAUUGACAACCUAUCAAUCAUUAGUUGAUUGACAAUCUGUCAAUCACUAGGAGAUUUGCCUCUGUCAAGUCUUGUCUGAAUACUUUCUAUGGAUUUGUAUAACUAUCUUGGAAUAUUCACAUUACUUGGCCUWACUACUAGUCUUUCAUAUAAAAAGCCUCACUGUAUUACCUACMCUUCAGUGCCUAUAAUCCAUACUAGCCUAUAACUGAAAUAAGUUUUAUGGUAGAGUUAAGUAAAGACCUUUUUAUUCUGUUUUGUCCRGCACAUGUUCCCAGUAUAUUCAAGGGUAUUUUCAAAAACCUUUGUUUUUGCUGGCAGGAAAGAUUUGUGGACAGGAGGUAAAAAACAAAGAUAAAAUCUUUGGUUUGAAUUAUAUACAGAACAUGUGGUUGUAGGAGCUUUGUUCCUGAGAUAUGAAGUUAUCAGUUUUCAGUGCUUACAUCGCUGAAGAGGACAUUGGCAGUUUAAAUGACUUGUAGAAAUGCCAAAAAGUCUCUUUGAACUGCAGGUUUUCUAAACAGGAAUAAAUCAAAAUAUAUGUAGUUGUUCUUGUGUAAUAUCGUAGUAAAAAUUGAGUGGAAAGGUCUUUACUUUGCACUAUUGUAAGAUAUUUAUAAUUACAUGCUUGCUCUUGUAGUUAGUUACUAGGUGAAGAGAUGCCAAGCUGUAUUUCCAGUUUAAUUGCUGCCCUGGCUGUGAUUGAAAAAUGAAUAGCUAUUUUCUAACUUAUGCAAAUACAAAAAAAAAACUGACAUUUAAUUGUACUAGAAUCAACAUAUUUUUUGGUAACACAACCCUGGCCUAAUUCAUCUAGCCUUUUUAUAAUGCCAAGCUUCUUUAACAGAAUAAAUCAAAAAGUAAUUUUUGGAGUGAUAUUAGACUUAGACUAUAAAGAAAAAAUUCUCUUUAAUGUUGCUACCAUUAUAGUAGUUACUGGGAAUGUUUUUCCUAGUUUCCAGUUCAUUGACAGGUCUGCAGAAAAUCAUUUGUAACAGCAGUGAUAAUGGUUUAACUGCAGUGAGGGGGAGGGAAGGGGUUCAGUGAUCAAAUAAUUUAGAAUAGUGUUAAAAGAGAAUUCCAAGUUUUGUGUAAAUGUGAAUAAAUAAACCCACAUGUUAGUAGGA